UGAGCUUCGGUCGACGAAAAAUAAAAGGAAUUUACAAUCAAUAUAAUCUUUCUCAUAUCUCACGAUAUAAGUUACAGAUAGAAUCUCAUCGCUACGAUCGUUCGGAAUCAUCGUGUCCUGCUUCUCUCUUUCUCGAUCGCCAAUAGUUUUAUCUUUUUUCUCAAAUGGCAAGCCGGGCUCAAAUCCCUACUAACAACUCAGCACUUAUUGCUAUGAUUGCUGAUGAGGACACCAUAACUGGAUUUUUACUUGCUGGAGUAGGCAAUGUUGACAUAAGGAGGAAGACAAACUACAUGAUUGUGGAUUCAAAGACAACUGUCAAACAAAUUGAGGAUGCUUUUAAGGAAUUCACCACACGAGAUGAUGUAGCAAUUGUCUUAAUCAGUCAAUAUGUUGCAAAUAUGAUAAGGUUUGUAGUGGAUAGCUACAACAACCCAAUUCCCGCAAUUUUGGAGAUUCCUUCAAAAGACCACCCGUAUGAUCCCGCUCAUGAUUCCGUUCUAUCGCGUGUCAAAUACCUUUUCAAUUCCGAUUCCGUUGCCGGUGACAGGCGUUAAAAUCAUUCAUUUUUCUACUUCCCAUGUUUCUAUCAUUUUAUCAUAAAUUUUACUACAAUGUGUGUGUGUGUGUGUGUUUUGAGUUCUAAUUAUUGCAAACAAUAAAAUGUCAUCUUUUAUACAA